AUGCCACAAGACAAUCGCAGGCCAUACGCCUUACCACGAAACCCGAACGAGAGCGAACGUCUGGAUGCACAGCACCGCCUCUACAUCAAAAGUCUCGGAUACAUCCUCCAUCCACGCAUCGCUGCCUCCCUCUCCACGGCGAAUCCCCAAAUCGCAGAUGUAGCCACCGGCACCGGGGCGUGGAUGAUCGAUCUGGCGAGGGAGAUGCCUCACGUCAAGCUCGUGGGGUUCGACAUGUCAGACGCACAAUUCCCAAGCUCCGUGCCGUCGAAUUGUGAGCUACAAUUGCUGAAUAUCCUCCAGCCGGUGCCGGAGGAGUUGCAGGGCAGGUUUGAUGUCGUGCAUAUCCGCCUUUUGAUCGUGGGACUCACGGGCGAGGAUUGGAAUACGGUUGCUCGGCAUGCUAUGCAGUUGCUGAGGCCUGGGGGGUUCUUUCAGUGGUGUGAAGCGGAUUUUGAGUAUAUGGAUGUGCUUCAGACCAAACGCGGUUCGUCGCGGGUUGCGCACAAGGAGCUGUUCGGCUUCGUGCGUGAGGUGAUGCAGAAGCAUGGAAAGCUCGCUGGGGAUGUGGGAAGGCUGGGCGAAACGGUGCGGAAGGCUGGGUUUCAGGACUGCAGUGAGGAUCUGGUGAGCUCGGAUCGGUGCUUGGAUAUGAGGCGCGAGGGUUCGGAUGUCGAGCAUGCGGCUGUCGUGGCCAUUGCUAAAGCUUUUGCUGCCAAUCUCAAGAAUGAGCAUACCAAGACGGAGCAGGAUGUCGAGGAUCUCUGCCGGCGUUGCGAUGAGGAGGUUGCUGAGGGCGAGCAGUAUUGGAGGUGGAAUAUCAAGGUUGUGGUGGGCCAGAAACCAGUGUCGUGA